AUGAAGAAGUUUGGUUACCAACAGGCCAAUAUUGAUCAUACUCUAUUCAUUAAACAUAGGGCUGGUAAGGUUACUUUGUUGAUUAUUUAUGUUGAUGAUAUGAUUGUGACUGGUGAUGAUACUAUAGAAAUCGAAGGACUGCAGAAACAUUUAGCAUCUGAAUUUGAGAUGAAAGAUUUGGGUAGUCUGAAAUAUUUUCUAGGAGUGGAAGUCACUCGAUCUAAACAUGGCUUAUUUCUUUCACAAAGGAAGUAUGUCAUGGACCUGCUAGCAGAUAUUGGAAUGCUUGACUGUAAACCAGCUGAUACACUUAUUGUUGAGAAUCAUAAACUUGGUGUUUAUGUGGAUCAGGUCCCAACUAACAGAGAAAGAUACCAAAAGUUGGUUGGGAGAUUGAUUUAUUUAUCAUUCACACGUCCUGAUAUUGCCUAUGCUUCUGCUCCUGGCAGAGGUUUAUUAUUUAAGAAAAAUAGUCACUUGGAUCUAGAAAGUUACACUGACGCAGAUUAUGCAGGGAAUAUUACAGAUAGACGUUCUACAUCAAGUUACUUCACUUUUGUUGGUGGUAACCUAGUUACAUGGCGUAGCAAGAAGCAAAAUGUUGUGUCUCAGUCCUCUGCAGAGUCUAAGUACAGAGGGAUUGCCCAAGGGGUUUGUGAAAUACUGUGGUUGAGGUGGUUACUUACUGAAAUUGAUUUUAGACCGAAUCAUGCUACAAAGCUCCACUGUAAUAAUCAGUCUGCAUUUGAAAAUUGCUAA